UGCCCCCCCGGGGGGGGUGAAGCUGCACCCGGGCCCAUGUGACCUGGGGGCCGUGGGGGGCGCUGCUGGAAAACGGGCACUACGGGUCCCUGAGCUUCACCGCGGACGUGCUGGGGGUGCUGCUGCGGGGGAAGGGCGGGGGGGGCGACGGCGCCGAAGAGACGUUCAGACAGCUGAUGGGCGACGCCUUCCCCGGGUUCGACAUCAGAGACGCCCUGAGCUGCAGCGGGGGAGGGGCCGGCGGGCGGUUGCCCCAGGUGGUUCCCCCCCCAUCGCCCGAUCACAACUACGCAUUGGGGACCCCCCCGGACCCCCCGACAUCCCCCGGCCCCGAGGGGGCGGAGCCGGCGGUGCCCAAGGCGGCGGGUGGGGGAGGGGCGGACGAGCGGCUCUGCGCCCUCUGCCUGACCACGGGGGACCAGCCCGCGCAGGACGCGGGCCGGCUGCUGUACAUGGGGCAGGACGAGUGGGCGCACGUGAACUGCGCGCUCUGGUCGGCCGAGGUGCAGGAGGACGGGGACGGGGCGCUGCGCAACGUGCACGCGGCCGUGGCCAGGGGGCGCCAGAUGCGCUGCGAGCACUGUGGCCGCCCCGGGGCCACCGUUGGGUGCUGUUUGGCCACCUGCGUGUCCAACUACCACUUCAUGUGCGCCCGGCGCCGCCGCGCCGCCUUCCAGACCGACAAGCGCGUCUUCUGCCGGCGCCACCGGCGGCUGCUCGACGGCACCGCGCUGGUUCCCGACGGGGGGUUCUCGGUGCUGCGCCGGGUCUUUGUGGAUUUCGGGGGGCUCACUCAGCGCAAGUUUUUGGGGGGGCUGGAGCCCGACAGCGUCCACAUGAGCAUCGGCUCCAUCCGCAUCGACACCCUGGGGGCGCUGACGGAGCUGUCGGAGAGCGGGGGGCGGCUCUUCCAGUCGGCUUCCAGUGCUGGCGCCUGUACUGGAGCACGCGGGACGCGCGGCGCCGCUGCUGGUACCGCUGCCGCAUCCUGGAGCGCCCGCCGGGGGGGCCCGGGGACCCCCACCCCCCCACCCCCCCCGAGGACAACCGCACCAGCCCACGGUGCCGCCAGCCCAGGGUCCCCCCCCACCCCCCAAGAGGGUCCCCGGGGUCCCCCCAGCCCCCGACCCAGGGGACCCCCCGGCUUCUCACCCAAUCGGAGACCAGGGAGCUCGUCCCGCCCCCUCCCCUCCCCCGGCUCCGCCCCCGCCCUGUCCCGUCACAUCCUGACCGUGGGCGACCCCGCGUUCCCGCCCCUCCCCCGGCGGGCGCGUCACCCCGUGUCCCCCCCCGGCGUCCCCCGCCGCUGUCCCCAACCCCCCCCGCGGCCACCGGGGGGCGACAGCAGCGACGGGGACAACGACGACGGGGACAACGACGACGGGGACGUCACCCGGCGCUACUCCCGCUUCCCGCGCACCGUGGUGACACCGCGGGGGCCACCGUGUCCCCUCCCCCCCCCGCACAUCCAGCAGCUGGACGGGGCGGGGGACGCGGGGGACAAGGGACAACGGGGGGGACAAGGGACAGCGGGGGGGUCGCACCUGCCCUCCGACAUCCUGGAGUUCGUGCUCAGGAACACGGUUGGGGACAACGGGGACAACGGGGGCGACGAGGACGACGGGGACAACGGGGACGGGUAUCCUGUCUGGGACGUCACCCGCGGAGAUGCCACCAAUGGGGACGUCACCCGUGGGAGUGUCACCUAUGGAGAUGCCACCAAUGGGGAUGUCACCCGUGGAGAUGUCACCUAUGGAGAUGCCACCAAUGGGGACGUCACCCGUGGGAGUGUCACCUAUGGAGAUGCCACCAAUGGGGACGUCACCCGUGGAAGUGUCACCUAUGGAGAUGUCACCAAUGGCCGUGGUGGCCCUGGAAGUGUCACCCAUGGAAGUGUCACCCAUGGACCUGUCCUCGAUGGUCUUGGUGGCCCUGGAGGUGUCACCCGUGGACGUGUCACCCAUGGAGAUGCCACCAAUGGGGAUGUCACCCGUGGAAGUGUCACCUAUGGCUGUGGUGGCCCUGGAGAUGUCACCCAUAGAAAUGUCACCUAUGGAGAUGUCUCCUAUGGAUGUGGUGGCCCUGGAGAUGUCACCCAUGGAAGUGUCACCCACGGACGUGUCCUUGAUGGCCUUGGUGGCCCUGGAGGUGUCACCCGUGGACGUGUCACCCAUGGAGAUGUCACCAAUGGGAACGUCACCCAUGGACGUGGUGGCCUUGGAAGUGUCACCCAUGGGAAUGUCACCUAUGGAGAUGCCACCUAUGGAGAUGCCACCCAUGGGGGUGUCACCUAUGGGGACGUCACCCCUGGAAGUGUCACCAACGGACACGGUGGCCCCGGAAGUGUCACCUAUGGAGGUGUCACCCAUGGCAACAUCACCCAUGGCAACGUCACCCAUGGCAACGUCACCCCCGGAGGUGCCACCAACGGCCACGCCGCCCCCCGCGAUGACGUCACCGUCCCCCGCGAUGACGUCACCCGCGAUGACGUCACCGGGGGCCACUGGGGGACCCCCUGGGGACACAAACGCCCCGGGGACGCCCUGGGGACGGGGACCAAGAGGCCGCGGCUCGAGGACACCAACGGGGACACCAGCGAGACCAGUGACACCAACGGGGACACCAGGUCCCCCCCGAGUGACGUCACCGCGGAGCCACCGUGGGAAUGCGCAGGUGGCAGCUCGGACGACGAGGCCCCUCCCCCCGCCGGCCCCUCCCCCCCCCGCCCCCAGCUGUGCUUCGAGAUCAGCAACGAGGACGGGCUGAGCGUCACCGCCCCCUCCAUCGAGGGCGCCUGGCGCGCCGUCACCGAGAAGGUUCAGGAGGCUCGAGCCAACGCCCGGCUCAGACACCUCUCGUUCGCGGGGCUGAGCGGGUCCCGCUGGCUGGGGGUGCAGCAUGAGGCCGUCGUGUUCCUGGUGGAGCAGCUGCCGGGGGCCGGUUUGUGCCCCCGGUACCAGUUCCGGUACCACCCACGCGGGACCCCCCCCCACCCGACCCCCCGAAACCCCUCGGGGUGCGCCCGGGCCGAGCUCUACGUGAGGAAGUGCACGUUCGACAUGUUCAGCUUCCUGGCGUCGCAGCACCGGGCGCUGCCCCAGGGGACACCGCGCGACGACGAGGACGACGAGACGCAGCUCAAGCCCCCGCGCCGCGCCGCCAGCCUGGAGCUGCCCCUGGCCAUGCGGUUCCGGCACCUCAAGAGAAGCCACCGAGAGAGCGUCGGCGUCUACCGCUCCGCCAUCCACGGCCGGGGUCUGUUCUGCAAGCGCAACAUCGAGGCCGGCGAGAUGGUCAUCGAGUACUCGGGGAUCGUCGUGCGCUCCGUCCUCACCGACAAGCGCGAGAAGUUCUACGACAGCAAGGGCAUCGGCUGCUACAUGUUCCGCAUCGACGACGCCGAGGUGGUGGACGCCACCAUGCACGGCUCGGCCGCCCGCUUCAUCAACCACUCGUGCGAGCCCAACUGCUACUCGCGCGUCAUCCAGGUGGAGGGUCACAAGCACAUCGUCAUCUUCGCCCUGCGCCGCAUCCUGCGCGGCGAGGAGCUCACCUACGACUACAAGUUCCCCAUCGAGGAGCCGGCCGCCAAGCUGCCCUGCAACUGCGGCGCCAAGCGCUGCCGCCGCUUCCUCAACUGAGCGCCCGCGCCCGCCGGGGGGCGCCCGGGGGUGCUGGGAGACAACGGUACCUGGGAGCACCCAAUGGUCAACUGGGGACACCCAAUGGUCAACUGGGGACACCCAAUGGUCAUGAGGAGCACCCAAUGGUCAUGAGGAGCACCCAAGAGUCAACUGGGGACACCCAAUGGUCAUGAGGAG